AUGUUUGGCGGCGGCGGCUUUGGCGGUUUUGGUGGGGCACAAGGCGGUUAUGGUGGCAGUGAUCUUCCGCUGGAGGCAACUGGAAAUCCUGCUCCGUCACAGGGCCUUGCCGGCUUCUUGAACGAUGCACACCCCGGGCAAGAUGCACCUUCAGGAGGUGGAGUUUCCGGCGGGAAGGCAGUGGCACAUACCUUGACUCCAGUGACUAUUCGAAUGCUGCUAGAUGGGGUCUCUGACAAACGUCAGAGUGGCAAUACCAUUGGACCUGAUGAAGCAAUCCGUGUGAAUGGCAGGGAGCUGCACAUGUUGACUCUCGUCGCUUGUGUGGAGAAGGUGCAGAUGCAGCAGCUGGGGAUGAUGGUUUCCUUGAACGACGGGACAGGCCGCAUGGAGUGCCAGAUGUAUGCACCCAGUGACUCCGUGUCCAGUGGUCCAGAAUUUCAAGCUGGGGACUACAUCCGCGUUCAUGGUCACGUUCGACAUUGGGAGCAGGAGUACCGAAUCACUGCUGCUCGCAUGUCGAAGAUUGAGAGCAUCAACGAAAUUUCGCAUCACACGGUCGAGGUGGCGACUGUCCACCUUGCCCUCACAGACAAAUUGGUGAAGGCUGCAGGAGGGAAGCCUGGCUCAGCUCCACAGGCGAACAACAUGAGGUUCCAGGCCACACCUCAAGCAGGGCAAUCUUUGCUUCCACAAUCUGUGCACCAGAAUAUGCAGACCAUGCCACAGAUGAUGCCCCAGCCGCAGCAAAUGAUGCAACAGCAGAUGAUGCCUCGACAAGAAAUGCAACAGCAACAGAUGUUGCCACAACAGGCUCAGCAAGGAAUGCCAAUGCAGGGAAUGCAGCAAGGGAUGCAUCAGCCAGGGAUGCCACAGCAAGCGAUACCGCACCAGGGAAUGCCGCAGCAAGGCAUGCAGCAACAGGGUAUGCCUCAGCAAGGCAUGCACCAGAUAGGCGUCCCACAGCAGGGCAUGCAACAGCAGGCUAUGCAGCAGCCAGCUAUGCAGCCGCAGACCAUGCAUGCCAUGCAGCCGCAGCAGCAGCAAGGGGGUGGGUAUGGUGGCGUGCCAGGUCCUGCAGGUGUCGCCCCUGCUGCUUCGCCCUUCUCGAUGACCGCCUUCAGUGACACUUCAGCACCUGCGCCCGGUGGAGCCGGUGGUUGCCACUUCGGGGGCCCCUACGGCAACACGUCCUUUCGCUGA